AUGGGAAUUGCACUUGUAUUUGUUCCUACUGCCCUUGUGCUCAUAUGGAUAAGGUAUAGAGGAGGUAAAAGAGCACCUCAACAAGCUGAUUCAUUAUCUACCGCAACAAGAGGAAGGAUUUCAUACUAUGAAUUGCUCGAAGCAACUGAUGCGUUUAGCGAGAGUAAUCUGAUUGGUUUUGGGAGUUUUGGCUCUGUCUACAAAGGAAUUCUCAGAAGUGGGACUACUAUUGCAGUUAAAGUGUUCAAUAUGCAAUUGGAAGUGCCAUUCAAGCAUUUUGAUACAGAAUAUGAAAUUUUGCGUAGCAUUCGCCAUAGGAAUCUAAGACUAAGCAUAAUGAUAGAUGUGGCAUAUGCGUUGGAAUAUCUCCACCAUGGGUGCUCACUGCCCGUGAUUCACUGUGAUCUGAAGCCUAGUAAUGUCUUGCUCAAUGAGUAUAUGUUUGCCCACCUAAGCGACUUUGGUAUUUCAAAAGUGCUUGGUCAAGAUGUGAGUAAUUUAUACACUAAAACCUUAGCAACAUUUGGUUAUAUUGCACCGGAGUAUGGAUUGGAUGGAUUGGUGUCAACAAAAUGUGAUGUCUAUAGUUACGGGAUCAUGUUGAUGGAAACAUUUACAAGGAGGAAGCCUAAUGAUGAAAUGUUCGAGGGAGAUCUUAGCUUGAAGCAAUGGGUGAGUAAUUCACUUCCAGAGGCAAUAAUGGAUGUUGUAGAUGCUAACUUGGUAACACCAAAUGAUAGUUACUUGAAGUUAGAUUGUGUGGCAUCGAUCAUGAAAGUGGCAUUAGAUUGUUGUGUUGAAUCUCCGGAAAGAAGGACAAACAUGAAAGAUGUUGUAGGGAUGCUACAAAAGAUCAGGAUUCAACUUCUCGCAUGUUGA